AUGACUGUAAAAUUUUUUGUAUUAUUUGUAUUCAUAAUAUUACCACUUUGUGUGUUUGUAAAUACUACCCCUAUCUCUAAUCCAGGACACUUAAAAAUCCGUCUAAAAAGAGUUCAUACAUCUAAGAUAGAUCCUGGUUUAUUAUCAUUAUUAAAACGUGAUCCUCAAGGAAAAGAAUAUUUAAAUAAUGUGAAUGAUAUACGUUAUACAGGCUCAAUAAUUAUUGGUGGUCAAAAUCUUACCAUAAUGAUUGAUAGUGGUUCUUCCGACCUUUGGGUUCCGAGUGUGUUCUGUUCCACCCCUGCAUGCACGAGUGGUACUCGUUAUGAUCCUGCAAAAUCCACUACAUAUCAAACACUUCCUGCUCCAAAUAAUUUCACUCUUAAUUUUGGUGAUGGCGCUCAGGUUGAUGGUUUUAAAGCUACUGAAACUGUCACGAUUGGUGGUCUUUCUGUCACACAGCAAACUUUUGGUGUGCUAACAACAUUUACUUCUAAUCAAUAUAGAGGUGGCGGGAUUAUGGGUAUUAAUUUUAGGCAGAGUACUCGAUUUAAUGCUCCCGGUGUAAUACAAACAAUGAAAACGCAAAAAGUAAUAAAUAAAGCUUUGGUGGGAUUUCAUUUUAGCGCACCUAAAGUAAAUGCUAAUGAUGUAAGUUAUAUAACAUUUGGUGACGUUCCUAAUGAAUACGCAAAUAGUAUUUCAUAUAAUAAAGUAGUAGAAAAUAGAUCAUGGAUAAUUUCAAUGAGUGAUGUUCAAGUUGAUGGAAAUUCUCUUGGAAUUAAGUCAAAUGUUUUAAUUGAUACUGGUUCCACCCUUAAUUAUGGCUUAUCUAGUCAAGUUAACACCCUUCAUCAAAAAAUUAGUGGUUCAAAUUUUUCUAAUGAUCUGUGGUGGAUUCCUUGUAACACUAAAUCUGUAGUAUCCGUAGUAUUUAAUGGUGUACCUUAUGAAAUUAAUCCCCUUCAAUUGAUAACAAUAAAAAAUAAUUCAACUGGACUAUGUAGAUCGGGUAUACAAAUACAACCAAAUACGAAUGCUAGCUUUUGGACUCUUGGUGAUGUGUUUUUAUCAAACGUUUUUACUGCAUUUGAUUUUGAUAACCUAAGAAUUGGUUUCGCUACAUCCCCAAAUGGAACUGGGGCACCCGGAACUAGUCCUGGAUCUGGAAAUGACAAUCCUAACAAUGUUAAAAAAUCUGACGCAAAUAAGCAGGGGUGA